UCCACUCUCCAAACUUUCACCAAACUCUUGGCCCCCGCCUCCCUGAAACCAAAACACAACAAGCUCUGGAGGAGCGGCGAGCGGCGCGGCGGGGCGGGCGGACUCGCGGCGGCACUGAGCCUCAGGAGGCUGAUGCAACUUUCCCUUUAAGAAAGCCACCUGGGCGCACCGCGGUGCGGACCCAGCAAGCCUGGGCCGGGGGCUGCAGCAUGCUCUUGAGGCCUGUGUUCUGAAAGGUGCUAGAAACAGAGCCUGUGAGUGUGGUCCGGGACUCCAGAGCCCCUAACCCACCACCACCAUGGUAGGAAAAGGUGCCAAAGCGAUGCUGAAUGGUGCUGUGCCCAGUGAGGCCACCAAGAAGGACCAGAACCUCAAACGAGGCAACUGGGGCAACCAGAUCGAGUUUGUACUGACGAGCGUGGGCUAUGCCGUGGGCCUGGGCAAUGUCUGGCGCUUCCCGUACCUCUGCUAUCGCAACGGGGGAGGCGCCUUCAUGUUCCCCUACUUCAUCAUGCUCAUCUUCUGUGGGAUCCCACUCUUCUUCAUGGAGCUCUCCUUCGGCCAGUUUGCAAGUCAGGGCUGCCUGGGGGUCUGGAGGAUCAGCCCCAUGUUCAAAGGUGUGGGCUACGGCAUGAUGGUGGUGUCCACGUACAUCGGCAUCUACUACAACGUGGUCAUCUGCAUCGCCUUCUACUACUUCUUCUCGUCCAUGACGCCCGUGCUGCCCUGGGCCUACUGCAGUAACCCCUGGAACUCGCCCGACUGCGCCGGCGUGCUGGAUGCUUCCAACAUCACCAAUGGCUCCCGGCCUCCCGCCCUGCCUGGCAACCUCUCCCACGCGCUCAACCACACCCUCCAGAGGACCAGCCCCAGCGAGGAGUACUGGAGGCUCUAUGUGCUGAAGCUGUCAGAUGACAUCGGAAACUUCGGGGAGGUGCGACUGCCCCUCCUUGGCUGCCUGGGUGUCUCCUGGGUGGUCGUCUUCCUCUGCCUCAUCCGAGGGGUCAAGUCUUCAGGGAAAGUGGUGUACUUUACGGCCACAUUUCCCUAUGUGGUGCUGACCAUCCUGUUCAUCCGUGGCGUGACCCUGGAAGGAGCCUUCACGGGCAUCAUGUACUACCUGACCCCACAGUGGGACAAGAUCCUGGAGGCCAAGGUCUGGGGGGAUGCCGCCUCCCAGAUCUUCUACUCGCUGGGCUGCGCGUGGGGCGGCCUCAUCACCAUGGCUUCCUACAACAAGUUCCACAACAACUGUUACCGGGACAGUGUCAUCAUCAGCAUCACUAACUGUGCCACCAGCGUCUAUGCCGGCUUUGUCAUCUUCUCCAUCCUGGGCUUCAUGGCCAAUCACCUGGGUGUGGACGUGUCCCGCGUGGCAGACCACGGCCCUGGCCUGGCCUUCGUGGCAUACCCUGAGGCCCUCACCCUGCUACCCAUCUCCCCGCUCUGGUCCCUGCUCUUCUUCUUCAUGCUCAUCUUGCUGGGGCUGGGCACUCAGUUCUGCCUCCUAGAGACGCUGGUCACGGCCAUUGUGGAUGAGGUAGGGAAUGAGUGGAUCCUGCAGAAAAAGACGUAUGUGACCUUGGGCGUGGCUGUGGCUGGCUUCCUGCUGGGAAUCCCCCUCACCAGCCAGGCAGGCAUCUACUGGCUGCUGCUGAUGGACAACUACGCGGCCAGCUUCUCUUUGGUCGUCAUCUCCUGCAUCAUGUGUGUGUCCAUCAUGUACAUUUACGGGCACCACAACUACUUCCAGGACAUCCAGAUGAUGCUGGGAUUCCCACCGCCCCUCUUCUUCCAGAUCUGCUGGCGCUUCGUCUCUCCAGCUAUCAUCUUUUUCAUUCUCAUCUUCACGGUGAUCCAGUACCAGCCAAUUACCUACAACCACUACCAGUAUCCAGGCUGGGCUGUGGCCAUCGGCUUCCUCAUGGCUCUGUCCUCUGUCAUUUGCAUUCCACUCUACGCCCUGUACCAGCUCUGCCGCACAGAUGGGGAUACCCUCCUCCAGCGUCUGAAAAAUGCAACCAAGCCAAGCAGAGACUGGGGGCCCGCCCUCCUGGAGCACCGAACGGGGCGCUAUGCCCUCACCAUUCCACCCUCUCCUGAAGACGGGCUUGAGGUCCAGCCGCUGCACCCGGACAAGGCCCAGAUCCCCACGGUGGGCAGUAACGGCUCCAGCCGUCUGCAGGACUCCCGGAUAUGAGCACAACUGCCGGGGGAGUGCCCCACCCCCGCCCCGUGCUCCCGCCACAGAGACUGGGGAGGCGGUGGACAGGUGUCACCGCCUGCCCCUCCACGCCCUGACCAGGGCGGCUCCUGUCACCUUGGCCACCACUGCUAGCGUGGUCAUUCGUGCUCGUGUCCCUAGUGUUUACAGGUCCUUUGGAUGCCAAGAUGGCAGCUGGGGGGCGUGAGUGAUGGGAGGGUUGCUGGGGGGCCCAAAGCACUUUGGAGGGGUCUCAGGCCAGGUCCCCGGAGGCAGCUGGACUUUAUGUGGCCUCUGAUGCCCCCACACGUUACCCUGAGCUAAGGUUCUGGGUGGGCCCCCUACCUGUCCCCCUCCCCGAGCCUUCAGCCUCCUGACCAGUGUUCCUGCCCCCAGAGCAGACCCCAGGCUCUGCCCAGGCAGAUUUGGAUCUUCCUACCUGGAGGCAGGGUAAGGGGCUAGGGGGCUGUGCAGUGUUACAUGUCAGGCUGUAACCCCAGCCCUGUUUGUCUGUGUAAUUAUUUUUGUAAAAAUUGUAUUAUCUGUGGUUGCCACCCCCUUGCCCUUGGCCUCGGGCCCAGUCUGUCUUCCAGGCCUGCCUGCACCUCACUCAGCUGCUCUGGGGUCUCUGCGCCGCCUCCCAGCACUGGCUGUAGGGCCAGCCAGCAGAGGCCCAUGACCCAACAGCCUGCCCAAAGAACUCGUUUCUGGGGGAUAGGGGUGGGGUGAUGUUCAGCAGGAGGUUUGAGCCCAGAGCCCUGGGGAAGGGGACCCUACAUGACACCCCCUUGCCCUCCCUCUGCCAGGCUAAAGGCCCAGUCUUCCCAAAAUGGGCUGCCCUUGUUCACGUGCCAAAUGGUCCCAGCCGGCGUGCCCCACCCCCUCUCUGGAGCCAGAGCUCCUUCCCCCAAGCCCUGCAGUAUCCGUUUGUCCGUCCUCUGUGCCCCUCUGUGCAGUGACAACCCCGGAAGAGCCGCCUCUAAUCCUCUGUAGCAAUAACGGUGCGCCGCCCACCCCUGCCCAUCCGUGCACCACUAGGAUUUUAAAGUCCAUAGAUUUUAAUGAAAUUUCUAUUCCUGUCUCUGCGCUGCUGCUGUGCUUUGUCUGGGUCCCCCAUGGGGACGAGAGUCAGGGCUGGGAUGAGACCUCUUCCUGCCAGACCUUUGAGGGAUGCCUGGGAAGAGAAAGGCCAAAG